AUGAAUUUAAAGGAUUUAAAAGUAAAGCAAUUAGAAAGAUUAAAAAAUAAGUUGAUUGAUUUAAAGGAAAAUAAACAAUCUAAAAUUAAUCUUGGUGAGAAAUUGAAAGAAAUUAACAAGAUAUAUACAUGUGUAAGCAAUCUGUUUGAGUAUAAUGAAUUUGAUACGACUAAAGUAAGUUUUGAUGAAUAUGAAGGUCGUGUUUUGGGAAUAAAGGAGGAUAACUUUGAAUACUUUGAACAAUUUGUUGUGGGUAAAAAGGUAGAUUUGGCUUAUGAAAUAUUAAAAAAAAUAAGAAAUUCUAAAAUUUGUGAUUUUUGUGGGGAUAAAGAUAUGGAAGAUUCUAUUAAAAGAAUUUUUAUAGAAGAUUUUUGUAUUUUUUUACAUGAAAAGUGUAACUAUGAUUUUUUUAAUAAAAUUUAA